AAAAGCCGUAGAAAAAUUUCUAUAUAAAAAAUGGAUUCCGAAUAUACACCGUAUAAUGAACGCCCUGAAACGUACAUAGUUCUGGCCCUAUUCUUCAUGACAUUUCUGGUUGCAGUUCUCGGAAAUGGAACGUUGUACUUUGUGUUUCUAAGGCACAAAUUUAUGCGAAGUGUACCAAACACAUAUAUUUUUUCGUUAUCAUUGGCGGAGUUAUUGCUAAUUUUAACUUGUGUCCCACAUAUUUCGAGUAUUUACACGGUAGAGAGUUGGCCGUGGGGGGUUAUUUUAUGUAAAACCUCUGAAGUAGUUAAAGGUAUUUCAACGGGCGUUUCCGUUUUUACACUCACUGCUUUAUCAAUUGAAAGAUAUCGUGCUGUUGUAAAUCCUUUAAGAAGAUUGCAGACGAAAUCCUUAACGGUGAUGAUUGUGGUGGUAAUAUGGCUUUUAGCUAUAAUUUUAUCAAUUCCCGAUGGCAUUUUUACCGAUAUUACUUCGUACACCGAAAACUCUUCGUCGAAUGUGAUCCACAUUUGCACCCCAUUUCCCGCAACGGUAACGACAACUUACAAAAAAUACAUAAUAGCAGGAAAAGCGUUUGUGUUUUGCAUCGUGCCGCUUUUUGUAAUCGCUUCCUUUUGUAUUUUGAUGACUAAAAAACUUCACGCCAGUGGUAACGAAAUCCCCGGCCAAUUACAGGGACAAAGUUUAUCCCAAAUACGAGUAAGAAGAAAUGUCGCCAGAAUGGUUUUAUGUUUUGUGUUUUUAUUUUUUAUAUGUUUUCUUCCACUCCACGUUUUUUUCUUAUGGUUUUUCUUUCAUUCAACGGCGGAAACUGAUUAUAACGAAUAUUGGCACAAAAUCAAAAUCGUUGGAUUUUGUUUGAGUUUUUCUAGUUCUUGUAUUAACUUAGUCGCUUUAUACUGCGUAAGUGGGAUUUACCGACAAUAUUUUAAACGCUGCUUAUUCUGUAAGGACCAAAGAAGACUACAAGGAAUGACACGUUCAUCGCGACUUGGUAAUUGCGAAACAAGUUUUAACUCAACUUGUACAAAAAACACCAUGCAGGAAACGACGGUCGAAUCUUUUUUUAUACUGCGUAAAAAGACGAUUUUGACGAACAAAAAAUGUUGUGAAGUAACGACUGUUCGCAUGAUUGCUAUUGGAAAAAAUAAGAUUGUACAGAAAGAAAUUGGAGUAAAUAAAUCGUAUGAUUGUUAA